ACUAGCGUGCUGGAAAGAAGGAAGAUCAAAGUCACGUACAGCCAAUCUCGAAGUUUUCUCCAGAGCUCUCAAGAAUCCAACACAGCAGCUGAACCCACCGACUAUCCUGACCUCUUGGCCGACAUUGAUAGCCCGCCAAUGCGGCCGCCGUCCCCAGUAGUAGACGAGUACGACGACUUUGACGAUGGAUUGAAGACUAAGGUUGCCAUCAGGAGUGUGCACGAACUGCGACGAGCCGGUGCCAAUCAUCGAUCAUCGGAUGAGGUGGACGAUCUUCUGUCAAGGGUAGGGACGCCUGGGUCUCUGGCAUCCACCAUGCGCAGAAAUGGUCUCUGCGAACUAGCCGACAAGCUACAAAAGAAAGAGUUUAUGGACCAAUUCCGGGAUCAUGCGUCUCGAGACAAUAUAGCCAAGGGCAUCUCGAACGAGAAGGACACCAUAAGCGGAUUUCUCCUCGUUGCCAUCUUGGUCCUGUUUCUGUCAUCGAACCCUGCGCCACACCUGCUUCACCAGUUGGCGGAGAAUCGAGUGGGUUUGUUGCUGAACCAUCUUCUCGAGAUACAGGAGGAUGUCACCGCCAUCGCGGCACAGAAGUCUGCCAACAUGUCGAAAGCAUCCAGGGGCACACUGGCCAGCGUCAAGAGCAGGCUGCUGGGUAUGGACUUGUGGCAUGGCCACAAAUUGUUACAUCUCUCCCCGCGCACCAUCUCUCUACAGCUUCUCUAUAUGCUGAUUGGGCUGCUGGAUCCGCUUGACGUCCAGAAUGUGCUGGAAGACGCCUCAUCCAACAUCUCGAAACUGAGAAUUCGCUUUGCAGAAAAUGGUUCCCGGGACGAUAUCGAUUAUGCUUUGAUGAUAUACAUCCUCGAGGCGCAGUCCAAAUCCACGGGAGCAGCGGAUGAAUCGACGACGAGGAUACAAGAAGAAAUGUCCGACAUCGCCGCCUUUCUCCUGCGGGCGCUCGACUGUUGGCCAGGGAACCACAACAAUGUAGACGCCACAUUGCUGAAGCUGGCCAUCAACAUAACCAACAAUGAAGCAAGAGCCGCUGCUCUCCAAAACAACCAACUGCUGUCAAGCCUGGCUAGGUGCAUCACGUCUGGCUUUUCCGCUGUCCAAGCUGCUAUACAGAAGUCGGCCUUUGAGAGCAGCAUAUACGACGAGCUUUUGCUGAUUCUGGGAAUCACAAUCAACAUAAUGGAACAUUGUUCGGAUGCCCGAGCGUCCCUUUAUACAGACGAAAUUGACAAGCUUGUUGCGACAUGGUCUGAGAGCGGGCAAACCCUUGAAAAGCUCACUUUUGCUGACAAUUCACAGGAUGAUUCCGUCGAGACGUCGAAACUCGGCAUAGCAUACAGCUACCUGGCCAUCAUCCUUGGAUAUGUCUACCUGGGCCAUGCUGAGCUGCCACUGCCGACCGGCUUGCUGCCGGCCAUUCAGCACUUUAUCGCCAUCAACAAGACUCUGAAUAACAAGACGGCCGAGCUGGAACACCUUGUAUAUAGUCUGAGGAGGUUACGAUAG